AUGGCGGAACCCCUCGAUGCGGACAAGAUCCGUAAUAAACGGCUGGCCAAGCUUGGAUCUCAAGCUUCAGGCCCUUCUCAAUCCAGCUCGCGGCCAGAAUCCUGCUCUCAGUCAAGCGACAACGAUUCGGAAUCACACCCUCAGACACCAUUAUCACCAUCUUCCACCGGGGAACAGCCUAUAUCCCAAGGGACCCAUAUCAAUGUCUCGAGCGAAUCAACACCGCUGACGUUGCCACUCCCUAUACCAUCUCAGCCGGAUAUGUGCCUGUCAAACGAAGGGUCUCCCCGGAUAAGAAUAGGGCUGUCCCAAUCCCAGAACAAGGUGGAGUUGCCCAGGAUAUCCAGCACGUCCCGGCCUCCAUCGCGACCCCGUGAGUCGAUCGAGGAUUUUGAGGAUAAAACCUUGAGGGCUGUGUUUCGGGUCACGUUGGAUGAAACCCGACGAACGGAUGUCCAUGGGCAGAAGCUUUCUUACCUCCCUGGAGUAAAGCAGGAGCUGCAGGAGCAGGGGGAACUCCUUCGGAUGAGAGUUGACAUUUUGGACCAGGCUAUUUUAGAAGCUGCAUCUACGACAGACAAUGGAAACCCCAUGGAAUACUUGCUCCCGUGUUGGAAGCGGAUAACGAGGCUUUAUAAAGGAUUCCGGAAGUCGAGCCCAGAGGAUCGCAAGUAUUCUAUAGUUUCGGAAGCCAGGCGGCUAUGCAUGAGCUACUGCAUUUUUGCAGCGACUAUGCCGGAAAUGUUCGGACUUGAUAAUGCCUCCACUUCACUCCUGAAGACCCAUCUCCUUCAAGAUCCCGAAGAUGAUCUAGGCAUAUGUCAUGACUUUAUCACAGAAGCGAUUAAAAGAUCUACUGAGGAUGAAACUGUGCUUCCCGCCUUUGUUGGCGCUGUCGAAGAGAUGAGUGGUGAACUUGCCAAUCUGACUCUGGAUCUUGAUUACAAGCCCUAUGUGAUGGCACUGCGAAACCUGGUUCGGUUUCCUCCCUUGGCCGUUGCUAUCACUGAGUCAAAGCUAUUUAAUGCUCCCGUAGAUGCUGAAAGGCUCGAAACUGCAACGCUUUUGGGACCUUGGUUCCGUUUAUCUCCUUUGCAUCGUGAUGUACCAAUGAACUACUUUUCGAGCCCUAAAACUCGGGACCAAGGGUUCAUCCUCAACUCACAAAGGGCUGUACGCAUGAUGCAACAAUUGCUUAGUUCAGACCUAUUGGAUAUCGUCAACCAUUUUAUCCGAGCAUCAAAGCCCGCUCGUGAACAUGUCCUUGACUGGUUCGCUGCAUCUGUUAACCUCAACCACAAGAGAAGGGCACUUCAAGUUGAUCCGAAGACCGUUUCUUCGGACGGUUUCAUGUUUAAUAUCACUACAUGUCUUGACCAACUCUGUGAGCCAUUCAUGGAUGCUGCAUUCACGAAAAUUGAUCGAAUUGAUAUCAACUAUUUGAAACGGAAUCCUAGAGUUCAUAUGAGAGACGAAACUAAGAUUAACGCCGACCAACAUGCUUCAGAUGCAUUCUACGACCAAGUAAAGGAAGGGACAUCAAAUUUCAUUACCGAAAUAUUCUUCCUGACUGUUGCUGCACAUCACUACGGAAGUGAGUCAUUAACGACCAAGCUAGAGCAGCUAGAGAAGGAUCUUCGCCACAUGGAAACCCAAAUCGAUAAAUUUGAACUCGAGAGAAAUAAGUGGCGUUCCAAUCCGACCCAGCUCAAGAUGUUUGAAGAUGCAUUGAAGAAGUAUAAGGAUCGAUUUGAUCUUGGUCUUUCGUUCAAAUACACUCUACAAGGCAUCUUGCUAGAUGAUCUGUGGCAAGCCCGGUCUAUGCAAUUUAUGCGAUAUGUUAUUGUCUGGCUCUUGCGAAUUGUGUCAGGACGUAAUUUCCCAACCGAGCCUCUGAAUUUACCCCUCCCUAUGACCCAACCCGAUAAUUUUAAAUGCCUUCCAGAAUACUUUGUGGAUGAUGUUGUCAGCAAUUUCAAAUUUAUUAUGUGGAAUAUGCCUCACGUGGUAACAUCCACCCAAGGAGAUGAGUUGGUUAUGCUCUGUAUUACCUUCCUGCAAAGUUCGGAAUAUAUCAAAAACCCGUAUCUCAAAGCUGGGUUAAUUACGAUUCUCUACCGUGGAACCUGGCGUCGACGCAAUGGGUCUAGAGGCGUGCUUGUUGAUAUCCUGCACUCUUUACCAUUCGCCACUGAGCACCUCCUUCACGCGUUGCUGAAAUUUUACAUAGAAGCCGAGUUUACGGGGACGCACACGCAAUUCUUCGAUAAGUUUAAUAUCCGAUACGAGAUCUUCCAGAUUAUCCAAUGUAUCUGGUCAAAUCCCAUCUACCGGGAACAUCUUCAUAACGAAGCAAAAAAGAACCUUGACUUCUUCGUUCGCUUUGUUAAUCUCCUUCUAAACGAUGUUACAUUCGUUCUUGAUGAAUCAUUUACGGCAUUCCUAACGAUCCAUGAUUUGCAGCUAGAGCUUUCCCGUGAAGCUUCGAACAUGGAGCAAUCUGCUCGCCAGCAAAAGGAAGAGCAACUGGCUGCCGCACAAGGCCGAGCUAAAUCGUACAUGCAGCUGACGAACGAAACAGUCGCUAUGCUUAAGCUAUUCACAGACGCCUUGGCGGAGUCAUUUACUAUGCCAGAGAUCGUUCAACGACUGGCUGACAUGUUAGAUUACAACUUAGAUGCUAUGGUUGGCCCCAAGAGCGCCAAUCUUCGAGUUGAUAACUUGGCAGAGUAUGGCUUCAAUCCGCGGGCACUUUUAAGCGAGAUUAUCGAUGUAUAUCUAAAUCUCAUGGACAAGGAGAACUUUAUUAUAGCUGUUGCCCGGGAUGGCCGAUCAUACAAGCCAUCAAACUUUGAAAAGGCGGCUGAAAUUCUUCGUAAAUGGGCUCUUAAACCGCAGGAGGACCUUGCAAAGUGGGAACGGCUUCAGGUUAAGUUUAAGGCUGCUAAGGAGGCUGAUGAGCAGGCCGAAGAAGAUCUUGGAGAGAUUCCGGAUGAGUUCCUAGAUCCAUUGAUUUACACUCUCAUGGAAGAUCCGGUCAUUCUUCCAAACUCUCGAGUCUCGAUCGACCGUUCAACAAUUCGAUCCCAUCUCCUUAGCGAUCCGAACGAUCCAUUCAAUCGCGCCCCUUUGAAGAUCGAAGAUGUUAUUCCCGACACGGAAUUGAAAGCCAAGAUCGAAGCUUUCAAAGCUGAGAGAAAGGCUGCAAAGUCGGCAGCGGUCGCCUCUGCCGUUGCAGACCACAUGGACACGACUGAGGGGUAA